GCGCAAAAAGCAAAAUAAAAAGCAUGCAAUUGCAAAAUUUCCAUGAAAAAAAAAAAAUUUAACAAUAAUGCUGUACCAUACGGAUGAACUUACAUAUCUCCUUACAUGUUAACAUAUGUUCAAAAGUACCUGUAAAUUAUUGAUUCAUUUUCCCAAGGUGUUUCUGACCAGAUUGUGACUUUCCCUCUGUGAAGUACAUAUAUACCUUCGACUCUACUUCAUAUUUCCUCCCCCCCCAAUCGUGAAAAUGGUGAAGAUUGUUGGAAGUCAAGCGGAUUUCGAAGCAAUCCUUUCUCAGAACGAGUUAGUCAUUGUGGACUUUUUCGCAGAGUGGUGUGGACCCUGCAAAAGAAUAGCACCAUUUUAUGAAGAAUGCUCGAAGAAGUACACCAAGAUGGUUUUUAUAAAAGUCGAUGUAGAUGAGGUGUCCGAAGUCACGGAGAAGGAAAACAUAACAUCCAUGCCAACCUUUAAGGUGUACAAAAAUGGAAGUGUGGUGGACACAUUGCUAGGGGCCAACGACACGGCGCUGAAGCAGCUCAUUGAAAAGUAUGCCGCAUAGGGUAUAGAAUCUUACGGACGGACGGACAGGUGGAUCGAUGGAACGAUGGAAGAGAAAAAUUAGAAAAAAAGAAAGUGCAUUCACCAGUGUGCAUGAGUUGUUCAUCCAUGUCAGAUCAAUUGGAAGGCCAACUUUUUUUUGUAAAUGAGCGACAUGCGCCCUGCAUUUCGACUUGUCACAUGUGAGGAGUUACCAAAAUAACCUUUCGCCGUGUUUACCGUUAUGUGUGUACUAGCAACAUUAGUCUCUUUCUGUUAAUGUGCAACAAUGUGGCAGAAAAAUGCAACACAUACAAGGGGAAGGGGUGAUAUCUCUAUAUGCAAAAGGAGUACUCUACCCCUCCCCCUUUGAAGGCAUA